AACCGAGCCCUGCUCCAGCGUCGACGUACGAGCUUGCUUCAUUAAACUAAUGAGAGAAUUUGGAGUAAACAAAUGGGUCGUGAGACCAAAUCCAAUUCUAUUCCCUCUUUCCUUUCUCCUCAUCGCACAUGGAGAAUCGCGCCACCGGGGUUAAAUCCCUGGCGCGGGGGGACGAGGAGUAAGCGAGCUGCACUAGUGGCUAUCGACUCCCAUGGCGGACUCGGGAGCAGCAGGAGGGGGAGACAAGGACGGCGAGCAGACGCGGUACCGCGGGGUGCGGCGCCGGCCGUGGGGGAAGUACGCGGCGGAGAUCCGCGACUCGACGCAGCACGGCGCUCGCGUGUGGCUGGGCACGUUCGACACCGCGGAGGAGGCCGCGCGGGCGUACGAUCGGGCCGCCUUGUCCAUGCGGGGCUCCCUCGCGGUGCUCAACUUCCCCGCCGACGCCCGCGCCUACGCCGCCGGCUCCUCGCGCGGCGGCAGCAAGCAGGUCAUCGAGCUGGAGUGCUUGGACGACAAGGUGCUCGACGAGAUGCUCGAGUUCGCCGAGAAGGAGAAGGGCUGCAAGAAGAAGUGACGAUCGAGCGCGGCGUCGUCGCAGGCACAGAAUAAGCCAAGGCUGUAAUACUUGUAUGUAACUAGGCUGAUGUUUGGGGACUUGGAAAUCUCUUACUACUCCACUCUUGUGUCAGCGAUCGUCUUCGCACCAACAAGAAACCGA